AUGUCUUCGAAAUCGGAACCAUCCAUAUCGGCCAAAAGAAAGCUAUCUGCUGUCGCCCCAUCCGAUCCUCCAUCGUAUACCGAAGCAAACAAAAUCACCCCUGUGGUGACGGCCACUUCUGAGGUCGAUGAUGGCAGCGACGAUCUAGUUACAGCCGCGCAGGCAUUAACUCAACUUACCAACUCUGCUUCACCGCCGCCCAACGACACAUCCAGCGCCACUUCCACGUUGGGCUCGCCUAUAUCUUCACCAUCUCCGCACGAUUUACCCCUGCAGCAGCAUCCGAUAGUCCAAGGUGUUAGUGCAGUGUCAAAACAUCCUCUUGUGACAAAUGCUGUGCGCUAUUAUGAAACGUCCAAGCGGAACUAUGCCACCUUCAACUACGCAGCGGAAAUUGUGGAAAAGGCAGCGAUGCCCGUGUUCAAUAAAAUUGAACUCAACUUGAAUAAUAUUCACCAGGCCCGUCUUGAAGAAAGGGCGCGUAAAAAGAAGAAGAGAAAAGUUGGCACAACCGCUGAUAAGGUUGAGAUCAAAAAGCGCUUGAAGUUUUGUUUACAUAUCUUGAAGCUUGCAAAUGACAAUAUCAGCUCGAAUGUUGUCGAGCUACAGCUGAGAAUCACCCACCGAGAAGCAGAUGGAACAGAGAAAAACCAAGUUCAGUUAGCCACCCCGAGAAUGGAAGACAAGCAUCAUGAUAACAAUAAUCCCUCCGAAGUAUCUUCUUCUGGUGAUAGCGAGCAAGGAAACACAGCUACAUUGGAUGUAGCUUUCCAAGCACGCAACGCUGCUGAUGUUCCAAAAGAGGCACAGAAAACCAAGACUGAGAUUAUAACCACAGUCAAGAAAAUCAUUCAUGUCAUUUCCAAUUUCAGGCCCAGUGCUUUAAGUGCGCUGUCCAAGAACACAGACGAAGUUGGUGCUAAAGAGAAUGAAGAUUUUAAGCUAAAAAUCACCAUCAGAGAGAUCAUUCUCAAUUUGCUUCAUCAGGUGCAACAAGGUGCUCAGACACUGCAAACUAACGAGAAGAUUGUUUUCUUUGCUAAUGAAUCGUUGGAAAUGAUAAACAAACUCACGUCUGUUUUCAACGAGCAGUUGGAGCGUGCUGAAAGUUGGGUCGAUGGCGAGAGGGAAGAGGCCGCUUUGAAGAAGCUUUCAGCAAGUGAAUCGAAGGAUUCGGUAGAAACGAAGUUUUGA